AUUGUCGCGCGUCGAUGACUCGUGGCUGUUAGCCGUCUCCUUCCCUUCCGCUCCAUUGUUUGUUGGUGAAGGUAUCGAAAUGCUCUGUAUGUAAAACUGGAAUAACAGAUGCCGUGGAGUAACGCUGAUGCAGGGUAAAGGUGUAUGCGGGCAACAGGACAGGAUGUGAUGUCACAGCAGUAGCGGCUCCCGGUCCAGCUUAGUGUUAGCGAGCGGGGACCGCUCCCCCCCCCCCCCCCCCCCACCCCCCUCUCAAGCUCCACAGACAUGUUUGAGGUCAAACCCCGGCCGGUGGAGAAGAAGGAGUCGAGCACGGAGACUGAUGAGGGACUCGGCAGCAGCGGUAAGCAGUACGGCUCGUUGGGCUCCGGCUCGGCCGACUCCGGCUCCGUGUACCUGUCGGACAGCCAGGACUGGGCGGUCUCUCCCAGCUGCUCCCCGGACGAAGGCCACGCCCAACCCAGCGCCAUCUCCCCCGUGCUGGCCGAGGAGACCUUCCGCUACAUGACGUAUCUUGCCUUGGACCCCUCUUCUUACCCCCACCCCGGCUCUCAGAGCCUCUGCAAAGUCCUCAGUGCAGAUCGCAUGGAGCAGAUGACCAAGACUUACAAUGACAUUGAAGUGGUCUCGCACCUUUUGGCGGAGCGGGACAGAGACUUGGAGCUGGCGGCUCGGAUCGGUCAGUCCCUCCUGCAGAGGAACCACCUGCUGCAGGAACGCAACGAGGCCUUAGAGGAGCAGCUGGCGCAGGCUCUGGACCAGGUUCACCAGGUGCAGCAUGAGCUCGGCAAGAAGGAGGAACUGCUGCGCAUGGUGGCCAGCGCCUCGGAAGAGAGCGAGACCGACUCCAGCGCGUCCACGCCGCUGCGGCAGCCUCGGCCGCCGGGGGGGGCGACGUCCGUCGCCGCCACGCUCGGCCAGCUGGAGUCCCUCCAGGUCAAGCUGCAGGAGCUGGAGGAGGAGAACCUUUCGCUGAGGUCUGAGGCGUGUCAACUGAAAUGCGACACCAUCACCUACGAGGAGAAGGAGCAGCAGCUUGUGAGCGACUGCGUCAAGGAGCUCCGAGAGUCCAACAGCCAGAUGGUAUCCCUGAGCGACGAGCUGUCUCAGAAGAACGAGGAGCUGGUCAGGCACCAGGAGGAAAUCUCUCAGCUGCUCUCCAAGAUAGUAGAGCUGCAACACAGAGUGAAGGAGCUGGCCCUGGAGAAAGAGGAGCUGAGGAUCCACUUACAGGCGUCCAAAGAGUCUCAGAGACAGCUCACAGCAGAGCUGGACGAGUUGGCGGACAGGAAUGCGGAGUGUGUGGAGAUGCUACAUGAAUCCCAGGAGGAGAUCAAGGAGCUCCGCAGUAAAAACACUCCCUCAGCUGGGAUGCGGAGGCACCUCUCCUACGGCGCCUAUCCCAUGGACUCCCUGGCUGCGGAAAUCGAGGGUACCAUGAGGAGAGAAAUGAGUGUGGAGGAGGAGACCGCCUCUCUGGACCAAAGAGUGUCCCAGAAGCGAGUAUUCCAAACGGUCCGCUCCAUCAACUCCUCGUCGCCGCGGCCGGCUUUGGCCACGCCCCCCAUCCCCGGCUCGGGACACAGCUCCCUAGUGAUGACUGCACAGCCCUUCGCGUCCACUCAGGGGGAGGCGGUGCGACUGGGCCAGCCCGGCUGCCCGGGAGGAAACGACCUGACCAAAGCCCUCCACCGGCUAUCGCUGCGGCGGCAGAACUUCCUCUGCGAGCGGCGGUUCUUCCAGGCGGAGCGCGAGAAAAAGCUGCAGGCCCUAGCGGGUGCGGAGGGCGGCGGUGAGGGCAGCGGCUGCAGCUCGCCGGUAGGAAGCGCCUGUUCCUCCUUCUCCAACCUGUCAGAGCUCUCCUUCGGCUCCAGCGUCUUCAAGACCUUCCUGCCGGAGAAGCUGCAAAUCGUAAAGCCCAUGGAAGGCUCACUGACGCUGCAUCACUGGCAGCAGCUGGCUCAACCCCACCUGGCCACCAUCCUGGACCCCCACCCUGGGGUGGUGACCAAAGGCUUCUGUCCACUGGUUCAGGACACUGUGUACCGGCUGUCUGACAUGGAGGAGGACGAGGAGCAUAUUGGUGUCCCGGAGAAGGGGGCGGCGGAGCGGGGUAAAGACGAGGACGAGGACGAAGAGGAAGGCGGGAUCACCUUCAAGGCGCGCUUUACGUCUACGCCAGAGGAGAGGAGCGACGAAACACACCCGGCGCCUCUCACCGUCCGGCCUUGCCCCCCCACCCUGCCAGCAUCACCCGUGGCACACCCCCCUUCCUCCACCGGGAGAGCGGACCUCUGUCUGCCCCCUGCGCCCCAACGGGUCACCGAGCAACCCCCUCAGCCCAUUCCGGGAGCCUGUACCACCGUGGUCCAAUCACAGAGUCCGAUGUUCAUCUCCACGACAACGUCUUCUUCAGUCCAAAAUCCAGGGAAGUGUCAGAGCUCCACCUUCUCCACUUACACCAUCACGACCUGCAGCAUCCUGCACCCCAGCGACAUCACACAGGUCACCCACAGCUCCCGGUCGUCCCUCGUGGCCAACACACCGAGCUCCAUGAGGACCGGUCCCAGCACCCCUGUGACUCCCUGCAGGCUGAGCCUGGGCGACUGCUUUCCCCCCCGACGCCCCCUCGUGGCCACCAGCGGCCUGGCCAAGCUGGUCCUGGAGAGGGGCAUCUCCGCACAGGUCUCCACCGACGCCCCGCCUCCAUCCCCAAAGGCCGCAACACGGCAGCCCCUCUUCCGCCUGCUCCCCGGCACGCCCCCCAACUCCCCCUCGCACUCUAGGGACCCCUCCCCAGUGCCCCCGGAGCCCCGCAAGCAACAGGCCGACAACUUCCUCGCCUCGCGGCCGGCAGAGCUCUUCCUCCAGGACGUCUACGGGUUGAACCUGGGCCGCGCCCCACACCCCGACCUGCCCAGCCCGUCCCAGGGAACUCCCGCCCACGACCCGUCCCCCAAGCUCGGGCACGCCAAGCCCGACCUUGGCCUGGUGGAGAGGCUGCGGCGGCUGGGGUUCACCCGGGUGCUCCAGAGCGCAGAAUCUGAGGCGCCGCGCCAGGGCUCCGCCACGUUUGUGUCGGCGGGCGGGGGAAGCCUGCUGGACGGCCUGAGGCGCAACCAGAGCCUCCCGGCCAUGAUCGGCGCCCGGGCGGGGAAGCUGGCCGGUAACCCGACGCCUCGCCCUCACCCAACCUCCCUGGCCCUCCAGCCGCCACCCUGGGGAAACCCCAAAGAGCGGCGACGGCAUCUUGCCUCCGUCCCCCAGGCCCCGCCAAGUUCAACAAAGCGCUGACGAGGCUGGCUGGGACACUUCACUCGCUCUUUUUGGUCCUCCUCUCUCCUCCUGCCCUCUUGGGGAAGAGAAGUCGAGGCGUCCAGCGAGAAGAAAGAGACCAACCCCUCCCUCCUUUUGUUUUUAAACCUUCCUCUUUAAAGCACAAUUGAUCGAAGAGCCGACUGUUUAUAGUAGACAGUAACCGAGGCCUUAUCCCGCCUCCGCCUGGGCUGCGCCCAGUACCUUCUCAGUAAAUAAGUCACUUCUGUAGUUUCGCCGCGAGCGUCUGGAUGCUCAUGUGCAGGGAUAGGGAAGAAAAGAAGGGAAGAAAAUGGUAACGCGUACGUGGACGAAGGUUUGUGGAUGUGGAUCAGGGAUGGAGUUGUGAGGAAGGAAUAGGAAGUAGGUCAGAGGGCAGAGUAAGUGGCAAGGUAAGGGAGACUGAGCAUCCAGUCACGCUAUUCCAAGGGCUUGUUCUGGGGAGGGUCCAGUCAGCUAUAAUGAAAUAGCAUCAUACUACAACCACAAGUAUUAUACAGCAAACGCUUUCUAGGCAUAUCCCAAUAACAUGCUCAACAUGCAGUCAACAUGCUUUUUGUACCUUGAGGACUUUGAGUGGCAGCUGGUUUAAUAGCAUACUGCCAGACUAUUGUUGUAGUCAGACCACGCCAUUGACAUGCCAGUAUUAAUAUUGUAAGGAUUUUACUUGCAAGCCAAUGCCUGAGAAGUCAGAGGCAAGCUUGGGGUUCCCAGCAUGCACCUGUCGGGAGGCAGGCCGGAGCGGAGCGAGACGGGGUCUGCCUUUGUCCUCUGGGUCCUUGUGUUUUUAAGGGUUGGGGAAUUUAAUGUAAUUUGCAGCCACCGUCCUCACCUAAAGGCCUUUUAGACAUUCACGGUUAAAAGUAAAAUAUUUAUUAACACAUCAUUUAGUGGCAUAUGACAAUGUUCAUGUGAUUCACACACCAAGGGACCGGGGGUGUAUUCCUUCAGGAGAGGAUAAGGAAAGUUGAUAUUUGGUUGUAUUUUAUAAUCUCAUGCUUUGAUACAAGGAAGAUCAGAGGCGUGAGCCGUGGCCCCUUUAGCGCCGUCGUCCCCAGCAUCCGGCGAUCCGACCAGACCCCCCUCCCCCCUCCCCCACUCGCCUAUCGCACUUUGACUCUUUGAUUUAACCUUAGUUUUGGUGACACUACUAUUUGAACUAUGAAUAUUUUAACAUAUUAAUGAAAACACUGCAACGAUUUUAAUAUGUCCAGCCGUAUUUAUUUUUUUUGCUUUCCCGCAGAAGGGAAUUCAAAGUUAUGCUUUUAUUUUCCAAGUAAUUGAAUAAUGUGUUUGUCAAGCAAUUAGUGCUAAAUUGCUUUUCUUUUAGUUUUAGUUUAGACAAGAGGGAAAAAAGGCACCAUCAGGCCACUGUAGAUUAGUUGUAUUUCUCAAAUCCCCUGUUUUUCCAGUAGGGCGGGAGGUUCAGGUGUGUCUUUUGUAGGUCGCUUCCUCAUGCCUCUCCUCUAAGAUCAUAAUCCUCUGUAAACUACACAUGGCUAUGAAUAAGUUGCCUCCUUUUCUUCUCUUUUUUUAAAAUAAAGCAAUGGAAACAAA